AUGGGUGAUGAAAUUCUAAAUUUACAUAACGCAAUUGGGGCUGAAGAGGCAAUCACAAGCAUACAACACCAUGCAUACAAUCCAUACACAAAUUCAUUCAACAACAACGAUGAGAUCCGCAUAGUGAUCCAACAUCAAGAUCUCUAUGUAUUGCCGCAUGAAAGUUACAUCUACAUUGAAGGAAGAGUUUUGGUAGCUACAGCAGCUGCUGGCGCUGAAGCGGCAGCAAGGGAAGUACCAAAUUUCGUAAAUAAUGCAGCCGGUUUUCUGUUUGAUGAAAUACGCUACGAACUCAAUGGAUUCCCAAUUGAUUGUUGCAAAAAUGUUGGUAUCACAUCAACACUCAAAGGGUACGCAUCAUAUAAACCAUCCAGCAUGAAUCGAUUACAUAUGGCCGGAUGGAAGAAAGAAUCAAACCAACCAGGCAGCGCUGGAUAUAUAAAUUUCUGUAUACCACUAAAAAGCAUUUUCGGAUUUGCCGAAGACUACCGCAACAUCAUAAUGAAUGCAAAACAUGAGUUGAUUUUGCUGCGCAGUCGAUCUGACAUCAAUUGUUUUGUUGGUGCCAAUGAUCUUUCUACAAUCCAAAUUGAUAAGAUUCAGUGGCGCAUUCCGCACAUCAACGUAGCAGACGCAGCCAAGAUAAAGCUGCUCAAAGUGCUUGAUCGACAGCAACCGAUUCUCCUACACUUUCGCACAUGGGAGCUCUUCGAAUAUCCAGUACUACCAACCACAAAUAAUCACAUUUGGAGUGUGAAAGCUAGUUCAUCAUUGAAUACACCCAGAUACAUAAUGGUGGCAUUCCAAACGAACCGCAACAACCGUAUUGGGGCUGAUAAGAGUCGCUAUGAUCACUGUGCUCUGAGCGAUUUAAAAGUGUACCUGAAUUCAGAGUCUUACCCCUACGAAAACUUGAAUGUUAAUUUUGCCAACAACCAAUAUGCUGUUCUUUAUGACAUGUACUGUCGAUUCCAAGAAACAUAUUAUCAUGACCGCGCACCGCAUACUGCUGUUCCGCUGUUGACGUAUGAAGAGUAUGGAACUAAUGCACCAAUCAUAAUCAUCGAUUGCUCACGUCAAAAUGAAGCGCUCAAGAAAAGCAUCAUCGACAUACGCAUUGAGUUUCAGACAAGAAACAAUAUUGCUGCUAAUACAGCCGCCUACUGUCUCAUCAUUCACGACAACAUAAUCAGUUACAAUCC